AUGGCUCCUCCGUACAUACCUCUGGCCGAAAUCCCAACCGUGUCGCUGCUGUACAAGCUUAAGCGCCUUAUACCUAACACACAAGCGCCAACGCCGUUGAGAUCGCCGUCAAAACCGCUCAAUGAUAUAAUCUCCCUCAUUCGCAACGACAUAACCAAGCUCGAAGGCGUCGACUGCAUCGUCAAUGCAGCCAACGAAAGGCUCCUCGGGGGUGGGGGUGUCGAUGGCGUUAUACAUCGUGCUGCUGGCCGCGGUCUACUGGAGGAGUGCCGGACACUCAAUGGAUGCGACACUGGCGACGCCAAGAUAACUUCGGCAUACAAUCUUCCCAACAAACGAGUUAUCCAUGCUGUCGGCCCGGUGUAUUACUACGAGAAACGGAAAGGCGAGGACCGUCCGGAGGAGCUGUUGCGCGGUUGUUAUCGCCGCAGCCUGGAGCUAGCCAUUGAGAACGAUAUGAAGAGCAUUGCCUUUGCGGCCAUCAGCACUGGUGUCUACGGGUACCCGAGUAGGGAGGCUGCGAGGGCUGUCUUAGACGAGACACGGAAUUUCUUGGAGAGCGAUAAGAACAUCGGAAAGCUUGAACGAGUCAUUUUCUGCAAUUUUGAAACAAAGGACGAAAGAGCGUACGAAGAUUUGGUUCCCAUCUUCUUCCCUCCUGUCGAAGAACCCCAUGAUGCAGGCACUAGUGACUCUAGCCAAGAGUCUCCAUCCCCCGAACUUCUAGCUGCCACGCUCCCUGACCCGCCGACGGUAGAACCCAGGCUGGAAGGUCAACCAGAAAGCAAAAAACUGAAGGUUGCGUCCGACGCUGGUACCCAGACUACACAUGUUCCUGCAUUCUCAGAGGACAAAAGUGAGGAUGAGUGGGAAAAAGUCAACGAAUCUGAAGCAGGUCGCACAGAGACCCUCGACGAAGACCCAGUCGAAAUUGACCGACCAUCUUCGGCAACCGAUGUACAGAGCGUACAGUCGAGCGGGAUUAUUGACGAUAUGGUACACUCCCAAUCAACCGAUAGUUUCCUGGAUAGGUCUGUUUCUUGA